UUGUUCAACAACGACAGACCACAUUCUCUAAAUUUUGGAGCCAUAGGUUUCGUGAUCGGUCAAGCAAUAAUACAUGGAUUCGAUGAAGCAGGAUAACGUUAUUGAGAAACUGAAGCUAUCAGAAGAUAUAGCUGACAGAGGAGGUUUGAGAGCAGCUUAUUUGGCCUACCAAUCUUGGAGGAAAGACCAUGAAAGCGAGCUAAGUUUGCCAGGCCUGAAUUAUACACAAAAUCAGUUGUUCUUCAUAAGUGCAGCAAACGCAUACUGCGCGAUGUUAUCGCCAGAUGAUAUGAAGAUACGUAUCCCGCCAAAAUUUAGGGUGACAGAACCAAUGUCUGAUAUGCCAGAGUUUAGCGAAGCCUUCAAUUGUGCACGAAAUUCACGAAUGAAUCGAGGAUUCAACUGCAAAGUCUGGUAGAAAAUUCGGCUAAGGAAAUAAAAAUGUCACACAAAAUGUUAUUGGCACAUUGGGUUUCAUUGACGGAGCUACUAUUAUCAAUUAACUGAUACAGUCGAUACUCUUUACAACCAGAUCUUGCGUCAAUGUAAAGGACAUUAUAACCUGUCAUCGAUUAAAAUAGAAUGUUUUUAUCUCAUCGUUUGGGGACUUUUCACACCCGCCGUUGCAAUGGAAUGGCCUUCAUAAUGAGCAGUCGUAAAGAAACAACUAUAAGUUGAAAGCUAAGGAAAUACCACACUAAAUCAUCCUCACUUAAACUCAUCCCAGCAUUCCUUUCUAACUUCAUUAGAAAACUCUAAAUGCCGCUAUCAGCAGUUUCAUCAGACGAGUGUAUUUGAACAAUUAUCAGUAGUCUCAGUUCUGAUUACGUAGUCAUUAAACUAUAACGGGUGAGGUUUAUCUAUUUGUGUUUAACUAUUUUAAGUUGAAAGACUUUCCUAAUAAUCGGUUUUCACCCACGCUUUUCAUACCAGAAUGUAAACGAGAUAGCGAAAGUCUAUUCAGAUUAAGGUAGAAGUGUUAUUUAAGCAAGAGUUUCGAAAGUUAGUUUUAGAGCGUUUCUGAAUAUUCCAGCCCACAUUGCUCUGUGAUUAUUAGAGAUUUCCGUUAGCGGCGUUGAGUGCUAUAGCCAUUUGGCUUGUCUCUCCGGUUUACUACAAACCAGAGCUUUUCCUGCGCGUUUAAGUAUAAGCCUUCAGGCUAAUCUACCACAUAUUGAAAUUAUUAUUUGUUACGUAUUUCUGUUAAGCCAGAGGUGCUUGGCUUAUUG